AUGUGGCAGGUGCCGUCAGAGGAAGCGACGGAUAGAAUCAGCAAACCUCGAUCUCGCAAUGAGCGUGUGCGGUCCCAGUAUCGCAGGGAUGCGAUAUGUGACCCAGAACGCUCAAAUAGGGGUGGAUUGGCUCAUCGAUUCCUGGGAGACCUGAAUCCCAUCGUCUUUUUCGCCGGCGAUUUGAGUGCGAGGUUACUCCGGGGACGCGCUGACCAAGGAGACGUUGGAAUAUGGCUGGAUGGAGAGAAUGAUAUUCUCGGAAACAGCGAGGAAAGCACAGAAGAGCCAUUGCCGGGCCGUGCCAUAUAUCAGCAAUCCCGCCAGCGGCGCGAACCGGACCGCAAGACAGCGCUUCUCCCUCCACGACAGAACCAGGAAGCGCUUGUCGACAUCUAUUUUCGUUGCAUUCAUCCGAUACUUCCUUUGAUUGACGAGGUUGAGUUCCGCAGUGCUUUCGAUACGGGCUCUGCUUCGCCUAGUCUCAUACAAGCAAUAUGUCUAGUGGCCUCGAAAACAUCGUAUGCAGGGCCUCAUCUUUGCCUUGCGCCAAAACAAGGGACAAUCUCCGUUCAGAGCUUCAGCGCUUCCAUUUACAAUGACCUGUCGUACGCGGUUGCAAUGAAUUUGGAGAGAAAGCGUACAACACUCAUUCAGGUCCUUGCGCUUCUUUCCUUCCACGCUGCUGACCCUAAAAGUUUCGAGGGUGCUUCCAUGUGGCUAACGCAGGCCAUUCACCAUGCUUUCACUUUAGGAUUGCAUCUGUCAAAAGGGGCACCGACAGCGGAAAGUAAACAGUCAAUCUCGCUAUUUUGGUGUCUAUGGAGUCUUGACCGAUGGAAUGGCGCCAUUUACGGGAGACCAUUUGUCAUUAAUGAAAGGGACCUGGGUCAACAACUUGCAGACGUGAUUCAUCAGUUUGACGCACCUUUCCGGGUCUGGUUGUCGCUGGCAUCAACACUGACGGACGUUACGGUGGUCUAUCGGCCUACCCUGGAAGUUCCUGUCGACCCAAACAAGCCAGAAAUCCCGAGAUUUGAGGAAAUUCUCGACAGUUCAGGAGGAUGGCACAUACCACUGGUUCAAAUGUACUUUCUUGAACUUGCGUAUCACGGAAUUGCCCUCCUCGCUUCGCGGCCAUGGGGCCUCAAAGCGCAGCCCAAAUCGCGUGAACUCUACUUGCGACAGGAUCUGUCUGUAUAUCGGUUGUCUACACUGUUGCAGCUGUGCGAUAUAGAACAGUUCUUACCUUUCCCGACUGUUGCCUACUGCGUAUCUUUGGGAUUUGCCCUAGCAUUCAAGCAACUCAAAAGGUGUCACCUCCCGAGCACUCAGACUACAGCGAAGCAGACCAUCCCAGUUUUUCACCGGUGUCUGGAGACAUUAAGCCCAACCUGGCUGUUGGCGCAGGUCAUGGCCCGACUUGGCCAGCGGGCAUUGGAUGGACUUCACAUCAUCUCCCCGUCGCCAAAUCACCAGACUGGGUUGAAUCAACCGAGGAAGCAUGUUUGCAGAUGUAUGGACAUAGAGAUGUCAACAGCCUGCGUUUGCAAUGUCGAGGGUCCUCAAGUGGGGACGGAAGUGACAACAGAGACAGGAGCGGUAUCAGCUAUAGAUCCGCAGUCUUCUGUCGACGAUCUGAUGGUGGAGCAACCUUCCAAUGUGUCGUUCCCUUCGGGGAAUUUCAGCCUGGAUGAAUUUGAUGAUCUCAGUGGGGAUACGAUGUUUGAGGAUAUUGAUGGGCUGCUGGGGGAUUUUUUCAACAUCAACAUCCCCAAGUGCCCUACUUUUCCUUUUUUUGUUGAUCCAGGUACAGCGGAUCUGGAUGUUUAG